ACACCGCACACCCUUGCUUGUCUCCAGGCGUACUUGCGUUUAGCGUCUCUUCCCUGCUGCCAUCUCUGUCCGGAGGGCAAGCCAUGGCGGCGGGCGGGGACGGCGUCGCUCGCCAGGCGGAGCUCCGCCGGAUCGAGGGCAACAUCUGCUUCAAGAAGGCGCGCCUCGGCGCCGCCAUCGACUGCUACACCGAGGCAAUUGCGCUCUGCCCCGACGUCGCCGUCUACUGGAUCAAUCGGGCCCUGUGCCAUUUCAAGCGCAAGGAGUGGGCCAAGGUCGAAGAGGACAGCAGGAGGGCUCUUGCGCUUGAUUACACUUUAGUCAAGGGGCACUAUCUGCUGGGGUGUGCGCUACUCGAGAAGGAAGAAUCUGCUCUUGCUAUCAAGGAAUUCGAAAAGGCUCUAACUCUCUUAAAGUCUGUGGAUUCAACGUAUGAAAUGGCUGAGGACAUUUGGCAGGUCCUUGCAAAGGCAAAAUACUUAGAUUGGGAGAAGCAUUCCACUGAACGACUAUGGAGGAUGGAAAGUUUGAAGGAAGCUUGUGAAACUGCUCUGCAGGAGCAUCACUUUCUAACUGGUACACUUGAGGAAGACUCCAACAGGUCAGACAACGAGUAUUCAGAGCAAAUUAAACUACUAUCAGAGGUCUUCAGCCAAGCGACAGUCGCCGAUACACCAACAGAUGUGCCCGAUUACCUUUGCUGUCAGAUAACAUUCGAGAUCUUCCGAGACCCAGUGAUCACACCGAGUGGUGUAACAUAUGAGAGGGCUGUACUUGUUGAACAUCUCCACAAGGUUGGCAAUUUCGACCCGGUGACGCGAGAACCUCUGAAGGAGCAUCAGCUGGUUCCGAAUCUGGCCAUCAAGGAAGCAGUGCAGGCCUACCUGAAAGAGCACAGCUGGGCCCACAAGUUGAACUAAUUGGAUGCCGUGUGCUUUGCUGACUGCAGAUGCUGAUAAAUCGGGGAUGGCCUGUUAUUAGAGUUAGAUUUUAUGUUGUGUUGGAAUGAGAUUGAUUGGAUAGCUCGAUUCAUCGUUCUUAGUAUUGAUUGGGUAACUUGACCUGUAACUGCAAUUCUGCAAACACUCAUUGGAUGGAUGUAAUGAAGCAAGUGUACAUGAAACAUUGGUUGGUUCAGCUCACUGC